UAUACCUCAGCACGCACGCAGCCCUGAAAUAAAUACAACAUGAGGUAUUUAUCUGUCACGGCUGCCGUUACAUUAUUUAAACCGCACUUUUAAGGUUACCUCAUCUUUCCCCUCUCAUCCAUCCUGUAUGAGAGCAACCUCCCCCACGUCCAUGCGUAAAUGAGGUAGGACCUCCAUUUUUCUCUCCUACCGGCCACCUUCCUCAUCGUCGUCAUCCUCCUCCUCCGCGUCACCAUCAUCAUCUACAAGCUGCAUCCGAGGAAGAAGAAGACGAGCAGCGCAUUGUGACGGAGCAGAAAAGAUGGACGUAACCGACCAGGGUGCCCAAAUGGAGCCGCUGUUGCCAAUGGAACAAAGCGCUCAAGAGAACAAAAAAGUGAGGACUGAUGAGGAAGCAGUGGUGGAUCGGGGUGGAACGCGCUCCAUGCUGAACACCAACUUUGAGAAGGAAGAACUGGAAGGUCAUCGUACUCUGUAUAUUGGGGUGCACGUUCCUCUUGGUCGGAGGUCGCAUCGCCGCCACCGUCACCAUGGCCAUCGACAUCGGAAGCGAUCCAAGGAGAGGGACUCCACAGCCGACGAUGGCCGAGAAUCCCCAUUGCACACAGACACACCAGCCCAGAGGGUGCAGUUUCUGUUGGGGACAGAGGAUGGUGAUGAGGAGCACAUCCCUCAUGCCCUGUUCACAGAGCUGGAUGAAAUCUGUCUCAGAGAGGGGGAUGAUGCAGAAUGGAAGGAGACCGCCAGGUGGCUGAAGUUUGAGGAGGAUGUUGAGGAUGGCGGCGAGAGAUGGAGCAAGCCCUACGUGGCCACUCUGUCUCUUCACAGUCUAUUUGAACUUCGCAGCUGCAUUAUGAACGGCACCGUGAUGUUGGACAUGAGAGCAAAUUCGCUGGAGGAGAUUGCUGAUAUGGUCCUGGACCAGCAUGAGUUGUCUGGCCCAUUGGGUCAGGAUGCCAGGAAAAGGAUCCGCGAGGCACUGCUCAAGCAGCAUCACCACCAGAACCACAAGAAGCUCGCCAACCGCAUCCCAAUUGUGCGGUCCUUUGCAGAUAUCGGCAAGAAGCAGUCAGAACCGCAUUCCAUGGACAAGAAUGGCCAAACCGUUUCCCCACAGUCCCACCCCGCCACCACUGAAGGAAAACAAGACGUCAGCAGAGAAAACAGUGCAGUCGACUUCAGCAAAAUUGACCUUCACUUCAUGAAGAAAAUUCCACCUGGCGCCGAGGCUUCCAAUGUCUUGGUUGGGGAGUUGGAGUUCCUAGACCGUCCCGUCGUGGCCUUUGUGCGCCUGUCACCUGCUGUGCUGCUAAACGGCUUGGCUGAGGUUCCCAUCACCACCAGGUUUCUGUUCAUCCUCCUUGGGCCUCUGGGAAAAGGUCCACAGUAUCAUGAAAUAGGGCGGUCCAUUGCAACCCUGAUGACUGACGAGGUUUUCCAUGAUGUGGCGUAUAAAGCCAAAGACAGAAAUGACCUUGUUGCGGGAAUCGAUGAGUUCCUUGAUCAAGUAACAGUGUUACCCCCUGGAGAAUGGGACCCCUCCAUCAGGAUAGAACCUCCCAAAAAUGUGCCCUCUCAGGAAAAGCGGAAGGUUCCUCCUGUUCCAAAUGGAGUUACAGAUAUUGUUGAGACCGAGGAACAUGGAGGCCAUGGUGGCCCUGAGCUCCAACGCACUGGAAGGCUCUUUGGCGGGUUCAUCAUGGAUAUCAAGAGAAAGGCCCCUCACUACCUUUCUGACUACACCGACGCCAUUAGCCUGCAGUGUCUGGCUUCUUUCCUGUUCCUUUACUGCGCCUGCAUGUCACCUGUUAUCACCUUUGGAGGUCUCCUUGGUGAAGCCACCGAAGGACGUGUGAGUGCUAUCGAGUCCUUGUUUGGGGCUUCCAUGACUGGUAUUGCCUACUCGCUUUUUGCUGGGCAGCCUCUUACAAUCCUUGGGAGCACAGGUCCGGUUCUUGUGUUUGAGAAGAUUCUCUUCAAAUUCUGCAAGGACUAUGGGCUAUCCUACCUCUCCCUGAGGGCCUGCAUUGGCCUGUGGACAGCAUUUUUCUGUCUCCUGUUGGUGGCCACAGAUGCCAGCUCGCUUGUUUGCUACAUCACACGUUUUACAGAGGAAGCCUUUGCAGCCCUCAUCUGCAUCAUCUUCAUCUACGAGGCUCUAGAGAAACUGCUCCACCUAGGCGUGCACUACCCCAUCAAUAAAAACAACGACCUUCAGAAACUGACGCAGUAUUCGUGCGCUUGUGUGGAACCCAGUCAUCCCAGCAAUGAUACGCUGCAGUUCUGGGAGAAGAGGAACAUCACGGCCUCCCAUGUCAACUGGACUAUGUUGGAAGUUAAGGAGUGCGAAGAACUGCACGGGGAUUUCAGGGGUACUGCAUGUGGCCCCCACGGCCCUUAUAUCCCUGACGUCCUCUUCUGGUGUGUGGUCCUCUUCUUCACCACCGUCUUCAUGUCCGCCUUCCUCAAGGAGUUCAAGACAAGGCGGUACUUCCCUACCAAGGUGCGGGCCAUCAUCAGUGACUUUGCAGUUUUCAUCACCAUCUUCACCAUGGUUCUGGUGGACUACGCACUGGGCAUUCCUUCACCGAAACUACAAGUUCCCAGCAAGUUUAAACCAACCAGAGAUGAUCGUGGCUGGCUGAUCAACCCUGUGGGACCUAAUCCGUGGUGGACCACCAUCAUCACCUUCAUCCCUGCUCUCCUGUGCACAAUCCUUAUCUUCAUGGACCAACAGAUCACCGCCGUUAUUAUAAACAGGAAGGAACACAAACUGAAGAAAGGCUGUGGCUACCACCUGGAUUUGUUUGUGGUCGGGGUGAUGCUGGGCGUGUGCUCUGUGAUGGGUCUGCCGUGGUUUGUGGCGGCCACCGUGCUCUCCAUCUCCCAUGUCAACAGUUUGAAGCUGGAGUCUGAGUGUUCUGCUCCUGGUGAGCAGCCCAAGUUCCUGGGUAUUCGCGAGCAACGCUUCACCGGCCUCAUGAUCUUCACCUUGAUGGGCUGCUCUGUGUUCAUGACGUCGAUGUUGAAGUUCAUUCCAAUGCCUGUGCUGUAUGGAGUGUUUCUCUACAUGGGAGCCUCCUCACUUCGAGGGAUUCAGUUCUUUGAUCGUCUCCGGCUGUUUGGGAUGCCGGCCAAACACCAGCCAGAUUUCAUUUACCUUCGCCAUGUUCCACUAAGGAAGGCUCACCUCUUCACCAUCAUCCAGCUUAGUUGUUUGGUGAUGCUGUGGGUCAUCAAGACAUCCAAGGCCGCCAUAGUUUUCCCAAUGAUGGUCUUGGCGCUUGUCUUCAUCCGGAAGCUUCUGGACUUCAUCUUUACCAAGAGAGAACUGAGCUGGUUAGAUGACUUGAUGCCAGAGUGGAAGAAGAAGAAACUCGAGGAUGCUGCACAAGAGGAAGAGCACAGUAUUAUUGCAGAAGAAGAAGGCAUUGUGCAGGUCCCACUUGAAGAACACCUCAAGAGCGACCCAGCUACAGUGAACAUUACUGAUGAGAUGUCCAAAGGCUCUUUUGGGGACGUAUGGAAGGGUGUCAGUCCUGUGGAAAAAGAUCCUCCUGCUAAAAGAUCCCCUUCCUAACCUCUCAGAAGCUGAGAAGCAAAAAGGUUUUCCAAAAGUGGCGAGAAGCGUCACAAACGUCGGAGGCGCGACAAGAGCUUGGACAGAGAGACAAGUUUGUGAAGACAUACACUGGCAGUGCCGCCAUUUUGUCAUUUCUGUGUUAAUGAUAGUUUUUAAAAUACUGUGCCACACUCAACCACCUUUGUACUGUGAUACACUGUUUUUGUCUUUGUGUGCAAGUUGUGUACUAAAAAGGUGAAAUUAGAAAUGUCAUUGUCAUAAAGAGUCAAUGCACAUUUGUGCAAAACCAGCAGCAAAUGUAAUGUUUUCAACAGGCCAAAAUUAUUGACAAAUUUUGAAUAACAUUAAUUGUAUUUUACAGAUUUGUAUGCUUUGCAAAAUCUGCAUCGUAUUGAAAAAAAAAAAAAAAAAGCUUAUGUGUGUUGCACGUCCCUGAAGUGUGAAUAUAUAAUCUUCAAAGGUUUGACAACAGAAAAGUUUACAUUUUAAAGAGGAACUGCACUUUUUUUUGGAAUUUUGCCUAUCGUUCACAAUCAUUAUGAAAGACAUGACGAAGGAUGGAUUUUUUAAAUACGUUCUAUCUUGUAAGUAAAUGUAAAUAAAAGUCCGCUUGAUAAAUAACCAUUGAAAAACUGCCAACAAUACCCCAUUUACAUAUCAUGACUUGAAUAUUAACCAAGUAUUAGUGAUAUUGCCACAGCCCCCUGUUUAUUUGUGAGGAUUAUGGUCAUUCUUCAUCUAAAUGGGAACAUAUGAACAUUCUAGCAGUCAGUAAAUCAAUGUUUAUUUAUAUAGCCCUAAAUCACAAAAGUCUCAAAGUCGGCAUCCUAUUGACAGCAGACCUUCCAUUUUUCCAUCCAUUUUCUACCGCUUAUUCCCUUCGGGGUCGCGGGGGUCGCUGGAGCCUAUCCCAGCUACAAUUGGGCGGAAGGCGGGGUACACCCUGGACAAGUUGCCACCUCAUCGCAGGGCCAACACAGAUAGGCAGACAACAUUCACACUCACAUUCACACACUAGGGCCAAUUUAGUGUUGCCAAUCAACCUAUCCCCAGGUGCAUGUCUUUGGAGGUGGGAGGAAGCCGGAGUAGUCACGGGGAGAACCCACGCAGUCACGGGGAGGACAUGCAAACUCCACACAGAAAGAUCCCGAGCCCGGGAUUGAACUCACGACUACUCAGGACCUUCGUAUUGUGAGGCAGACGCACUAACCCCUGUUCCACCGUGCUGCCCAGACCUUGCACAGUAAAUUAUGUUUUUUUAUGUUUGUUGGCUCUUGUAACGUCUGCAGUAAAUAAUAGUGAUGAAGAAAAAAAAGCAAACGUUGUGAUGCGUUUUUAAAAAUUAAUUUGCCGCGUUUGCUUAAAAUGAUCAAAAUACGGAAAUAUUAAAUGUUAUUAUAAAUAUGCCCGUUAUUACAUUGCAUACAUAUUUACAUCAUGUAUAUAAAACCUUAAUGGAGGUGUCUGGAUGUUUUUUUAAGGGCUUUGUAGGCAGAAUUGCGCUGCUCCAUUGAAAGCGAAUCUAUGAUCGAAUUUGUUUUAAUAUUCAGACUGCAAAAAAAAAAGAAAAAAAUACAUCAACAUGAUGAUUGUAAAUGAUUGUAAACGAUAGGCAAAAUUCCAAAAAAGCUCAAUUCAGCUUUAGUUUUUCAAUACAGAUCAAAUGUCAUCAUUUAUUAUGACAUUGCAAUUAAAUAAUUUAAAAAUGUAUUGGAAUAAAAAUGUAUAAUAUUAAUUACAAAAUUACAAAUGAAUUACAAAUAUAGAAAAUAAUGCAUUACAAAUAAGAUUUAAAUGUGUAUUAUAUUUCAUAUAUAUAUAUUAAAUAUAUGCCUUUUGCAUCAAGACUUUAGGGACACAUUUGGGAAUUUGUGUGAUGUCUAAAGGUUAUAAAGCAAAUCUUUGAGUUUUUAUGUAUUAUGUAUAAUUGAUUGUUUGUGAUGGUAACAGCAAUUUAUUUAUUAUUUUUCAUGACAUUCCAUUUAAAAAUAUCUACCUUUUUUUUUUUAAAGAUACCAUGUUAGCGUAGCUCUUUUUGGGAAUUGCUCUUACUUGGUCUUUGUUUUGUAUUGCAAAGGCGGAUCUUUAGAGUUGCUUGUACAGGAAACAUUAGCACUUGUGUCAUCUUGUCACCCAUGGACCUAUGCUCUCCUCCAUGCUGUUGGCAUUCAAACUUUGUAUUCUAUAAAGACACUUCUAGAGAUGCAAUAAUGAAAAAAUCAGCAAAGGGCAACCUGUAAUAUGUGUUAACUGUCUUAACAAUGUAUUAUACAUGCUAUAUUUUAUUAAGUGUUACUAAUAUAUUACUAAACUGAUGUCAAAGACAGUUUUUUCAUGUAGAUGUUUCUUUCCUUUCAUCUCAUUAAUGCUUCUUUGUUCCUCAGACAAAUCAAUAAUAUUAAAAUAAUACAUUUUUAACACAUUUGGGUUUGUUUUUGCCUUAAACUUUGGUAAAAGGUAGCCAUGCACUUUCUGUUCAUAAAUCGGACUGGUGAUUUUGCCAUAAUUUACUUUCCAAUUGUUGUUCACUUGUGUUUUCCGAAGAAUGACAAAGAAGCAAGAGUGUUUGAAAAUGUUCAAUAAAAUUAAUUCACGUUUUGUUCAUGUCUCUUUUGCUCGAGAACAAUGACUUGGUCCCACCUCUGCUUUACAAAGCAACAAAGCAACAGGUAGUGUAACGCAGGGGUGUCCAAAGUGCGGCCCGGGGGCCAUUUGCGGCCCGCAGCUAAUUGUUUACUGGCCCGCCACACAUUCUGCAAAAAUUGCAAAAUUGAUAAUAUUGCAAAAAUUAAAAAAAACAUUUAAAAAAGUGGAAUGAGGUGAAAUCUAACAAGAAAAAGUUGCAAUGUUGACACAAAGCUGUGCCAUGCAGGCUGUUUUUUUUCUUUUGUCUUUGUUUAUUUUUCUUUUUUUUGCCAUUGCUAAAAAAAAAAAAAAAGACUAAAAA